GCGCAGCGCAGGGCAGAGACUCACACGGACCGCAAGGAGGACACAGACCGGGCCACACGGUGGAUUUCUAUCGUUUACGUCGCUACGGACCCGUCCAUCUGUCACAGACACCCUGGCCGCCACAUGAGCAGCGACAUAUAGCCAGGAAACAGGUUGGACCGUUCAAGGAAAACCGACGGGGAUCCGACACCGAGGAGGAGGCUGCCCCGUGGAGACAGCGGUCAAACACCAGCUUCCCCGAGAGAAGUCGGAGGUGUCUGUCUUCUCCAUCCCCCUGUGUAGGCUACCUGCUGCUGCUGCUGCUGCUGCUGCUGCUGAUACAGAAGGGGAACUAUAUCCAGAGAGCCCUGGAUCGCUUGAGAGCACCCUUUUUAUGUUUUAGGGGAUUUAGGAUCUCUCAAAUAUUAACAUUUUUUGCACACCAAGUGUGUCAUUUCUUCUCUUGUCCUUUUUGGGAUAUAUACAGUGAUAUUUUUCCGUUUUAGUACUUUAAAGUGCCUUAACAGCUGGUUAUAAUCCAGUGUAACUGUGGCAUUCUUACCAGACCAGAGACGCUCAACAGGGAGAAGACGAUUAUUAUCAGCUUUAGAGCCCAGGCAGGAUUACUUUGUUCCCCACCCUCCAGCGAGCUGCAACCAUGAGCCAGGCGGAUGUGUCGACUUGCUCCGCGCCGCAGAGGGUUUUCCAGGAGGCGGUGAAGAAGGGCAACACCAAGGAGCUGCACUCUUUGCUGCAGAACAUGACAAACUGCGAGUUCAACGUCAACUCCUUCGGGCCGGAGGGACAGACGGCCCUGCAUCAGUCCGUCAUUGACGGCAACCUGGAGCUGGUAAAACUGCUGGUGAAGUUUGGCGCAGAUAUCCGGCUGGCCAACAGGGAAGGGUGGAGCGCUUUACACAUCGCCGCCUUCGGGGGCCACCAAGACAUUGUGCUAUACCUCAUCACCAAGGCCAAGUACUCCUCUGGCGCCCGGUGAUCUGUCUCUGCUGUCAGGUAAAAAAAAGAAAAAAACAGAAAAACAACAAAAAAGAAGAGAAAAGUAGAAGAUAAAAAA